AUGAUCGCAAGAAAGUGUAAAAUACCUCUUAAAGAGAAGUUAAAUAUAAUUAAUCAGUGUGACAGUUUAAGUCGUGAAUCAGUCGCUCAACAACAUCUUCUUUCCCCUCAAGCAGUUAAUUACAUAAUCAAAAAUUCUGAUAAGUUCAUUAAAGCUUACAAUGAGAAUCCAUCGAAAGACUCAAAAGGUGUGAGAACUGAAUUCUCAUUGGAAAAACUAGAAACUGAAGUUAGUGAAUUUGUGUUAAAACUAAACAAUAAUGGAAUAACAGUUCAUGGAGAAGAAAUAAGAUGUUAUGCUUUACGAAUUGCUAGUGAUAAAGGCUUGACAAAUUUCAAAGCUUCAAGAGGCUGGUUACUGAAUUUCUGUCAAAGAAAAGGAAUUAAGUCACUGAGGUUGAAUGGACAAGAAGGACUUGUAGAUGGUCAAAUUACUAAACAAUGGUUUGAUAAGAUUAAAGUUGAAUUAAAUCAUUAUUCUGAAUAUAUCUUGUUGAAUGCAGAUGAAACAUCUUUUGAAUAUCACAACCAAGCUCGUCGAUCUUACAUUCAUCCUGAUGGAAACACUAAAAAUGUAAUAGAGAGAAAAGAAAGAGUUACAUUAUUUUUCUGUGUAUCGAGUGUUGGUGAGAAAUUUAAACCUUUAGUAAUAGGUAAAAGUGAAAAACCUCGAUGUUUCAAAAACAAAGAUCAUAUCAUUGAAAAAAUCAGCUAUCGAUCAAAUCAAAGAGGAUGGAUGACAUCGGUUAUUUUCACUGAAUGGUUAAUUGAAUUGGAUAAUUUAUUCCGAGAGAGGCAACAAAAAGCUAUUCUUUUUAUUGAUAAUUUUGCUGGACAUACAACAGAAUAUGAACCAACAAAUAUCCUUCUAAUGUUUCUUCCACCAAACACGACUUCAGUCACUCAACCAUUGGAUGCAGGUGUAAUAAGAGCUGUAAAAUCAAAAUACAGAAAAACAUUAUCAUCAUUAUUAGUUGAUAAAUAUUUAAACACUGAAAAUACUUACUUGAAUAAUAAGAAGGUUGACUUGGCUCAGGCCAUUGAGAUGAUAAGUGAAAGUUUCAAUUCGAUAACAGAAAAAACAAUAAUGAAUUGUUGGAAAAAAUGUAACUUAAUUUUUGAUUAA